UCAUCAUUAUUUCUCUGGACACGGGAAUGGACGCCGAGACGCUCUCCGGCGUCGUUUGUGCAUCGGUUUGAAUUGUCAGUGGUUCACGUUUUUGUGACAGUUCCGCGCAAGACCCAUCACAAGUUAUGGCGGCCAGUCCCAAGCGCGUCCGGUCAACAGACGCCAAGAAAGAGCGCGGCCGGGAGCGGACCAAGAAGAAGCGCACCGCCUCGUCAAGCAGUUCGAGGUCAAGCAGCGCCGCCAGCGGGAGCAGCUCCAGCGGCAGCAGCUCCAGCGGGAGCAGUUCCUCCGGGUCGUCGCGCUCCUCGUCUUCGUCGUCCUCUUCCUCAUCGAGGUCGACCUCCGUGUCUCCCCGUAGAGGGCGCAACCGUCCUUCCAGGUCGGAGAGUGCCCAGCGCGCCCGUCGCAAGCGCAGCCCAUCUCCUCCCCGCCCUUGCAAGAUCCACGUGGGGAGGCUGACCCGGAAUGUGACGAGAGAUCACCUUCUCGAGAUAUUCGGCUGCUACGGGACCGUCAAGGGUGUGGAGCUUCCCCCCGAUCGCACGCACGGACACCUGUCUCGGGGCUUCGCGUACGUGGAGUUCGAGAACCCAGCCGACGCAGAGCGAGCCAUGCGGCACAUGGACGGAGGCCAAAUCGACGGGCAGGAGGUGACUGCGGCCUCGGUGCUGCUGCCCCGCCCCAUGCCCCCCCGCAGGCCCAGCCCACCCGCGCCCCCGCGCAGGCCGCCGGCACCGCCCCCUCACUGGAGGCGGUCCCCACCGCCCCGGCCACGCCCACCCCGCAGGUCGCCCCCACCUAGCCGCAACAGGCCUGCAAGGAGCCCCCCAGGUGGCCGGCACCGGUCUCCAAGGCCGACCCGUCGCUCCAGGUCUCCCGCUGGAGGAGGCCCCAGGAGGCAUGCACGCUCGAGCUCCAGUUCCUCACGCUGACAAGAAGAGGCCCCAUUCGCCAGUAAACCAUUAAAAAGCGGCUUCACCACCUCCCCAUUGAUACCGA